UUCUACAACAGAAAAUAAAACCGAAGAACCAAUCAUCUCCUCACUAUAACGUAUAAACAAUCAACUUCUCACCUCUCAACUCCCAAAGCCUCUAUAUAAAUCAACACAGACUGCCAUCCAUUUCACUACACCUCCAUAUCUCACACAAUCAACUAACUCCAUCAUGGCCAUUAAAACCGGCAUUUUCGUGCUCUUAACCAUAGCCUUCCUUAUGCCGAAUUCUGCAACAUCAGCAAGAGACUUCCCUAUUGCUGACAAUCCAACAAUCUUAGACCUUGCAACACGAUUACAAGCUACAAGCAAUGGUACUACUACUACUACUAGUGAUUGUUGGAGUUCUCUGUCGGAGCUUCGAACGUGCUCAAAUGAAAUCAUCGGCUUUUUUCUGAAUGGAUACACAGACAUCGAUGAACCAUGUUGCCAAGCUAUUGAAGUUAUCAUCCACCAUUGUUGGCCUUCAAUGCUCAGUGUUCUUGGGUUUACUGUCGAAGAAGGCGACUUGCUUGCUGCUUACUGCAACAAAUUUUCUGCAGCAGCACCUGUUGGUGCACCACCUGAAACUGAAACUGAAACUACUGCUAGCAGUCAUUUUUAGUUUGGUCUUUUUUUUUUUCCUCUGUUGGUAUGAUCUAUGCUACUUUGCU